AUGCGAAAUGUCCAAGGAAAACAGUCGUCACACCAAAACAUGGCGGCUGAUCAUAAUGCCUAUUCUCCCGGUUCGAGGACACCGUCUACCUUCCAUCAAAGAAGCCAUUCUCGGUCAGCUUCGUGGUCAUAUACUUCAGGGAAUGGACAAAUCACUCUGGCGCCUCUGAACCCGAUCAGAUCCGUUAUUCGGGAGUUUGUUCCUAGUUUCGGUCAUCGCAGUCCAGGAUCUCGAUCGUCGGCUAGUUCACCUCUCUCUCCUCUCUCCCCUUCAUCUUACGUCAACAUAGCCGAGGUUCUUAGAGAUGCAAAUGAUGAAGAAGACACAGGAACGAACAGGAUGUCUAAUUUUACCGCUGUUAACGUAAAUUCUGGUAAUUCGAGCGAAGCAGACGCUGAACAUGGCGAUGCAAACAUGGCGCCGGGAAACUCCAAUUCCUCUGGUAACGGCAGUGGCCGCGCUGCAGGCGACAGAGUAGAAUUUCAGGGAACAAUUUCGUGGUUGGAAAAAAGCCUUCCGUUUGUGAUUUUACUUCUGAGUAGAAUUAUGUGGGAUCAUCGACUAGGUUGGUGAUCUAGACUUUGUUUUACCCUGUUGCAUUAAAUUAUCGUGUUUUGAAUUUCCUUUGCGUAUCGAAUUUUUGUUGCUGACUUAAUAAGGAAAUGGCUUGAAAGGUGGUAAUCGUUGAUUUCUCUAAUUGAAGGUAUUCUGGUGUUCAUCGGCUUAUGUGGGACAUUUCUUCAUGCCAACAGCACUAUCAAAAGACAAGUGUCUUUAAAGGUAAAGCCUGAAAAUAAACGUACAACUUUCGUUUUUAGGUCCAACUUCCGUCAUCGAUUUAGCAGUUACUGAGGAGUGUUGUCAGAAUGCUCAACCUCAUUAACUGAUUUAGGCUCUAGAUCUCUGUGGAACUACUCACAAUGAUAUUAUUGCAUAAGAAAAAGAAAAACGGUUUCAUACACAUCCACACAGUAUUUAUACUAUUUUCUUAGAAUUCAAUCGAGUUACCACGAUUAUCAGUUGGGUGAGGUGCAAAUAAGUUUAAGACGGGGUUUUGAUGAUAAAAUUACCAUGUCAUCACGGGUAACCUUUUUUCCUAUGGUAACCAAAUCUCAAGAAAUAUACUUCACUUAGAUGCAAAUCACAGUACCUGGGUGACUAGGAGACAUCAAGGUUUACUGUGUUUGUGGUUUGUAUAUGUGUCUCUACCUUAUCUUAACCAUUCUUCCCCCAAAUCCGCCUUACCAUGUUUAGACGAGAGUAUGUAAAUGUGGAAAAAGAUCUUUUCUGCCAAUGUCUAGAUUGGUUUAUAUUUCUCCUUACAUUAUCAAUACAAUAUCAAGCAGGCAAAUGAUGAGAAUAAAGAAAAAUAUUUAUUAAGGGAUUAUUAGUUGAUCCAAUACCAAAUUUUCCAUACUCACACAAUAAGAGUUGUAUGAUAUACAGUUGAGAGAAUUUGAAGUGAGAUCUUUGGAGUAAAGGGUUAAGAAUACGAGCUUGUAGAUGGCAACUUAAGAAUUAAUAUACAAAAACUCUGAGCUAUUUGUUUCAUAUGACAUUUUACUCCUUAUACAACUGUUUUGAUUUUCCAGGACAGACGACUAAACCGUAUAUCAUUGUGGACUUUCAUUUUUCUGUCUGGGAAUGUGUUCUUUAUUUACUAUGUGUUUUACAACCAACACUUAGAAAACUGGUACGUUUCCAUCAUUUGAAUAGCAUGUAUGUGUAUAUAACACUUAAAUUUGAAUGUUGAAUGAUGGCAAAAAUAAUAACAAGUUAUUGAUUGAGAUAUUCACUGUAUCAAGUUAACAUCAUAAUAACAGAUAGUUUUGUCUGCAGUUUAAUUUUUAGGAAGCCAUUCUUCAGUAGAAUGGAUGUGUGGACUGUGUUUUGGUGCGUGGGUAUAACUGGUACGUUACCAGAGUACAUUUGUAAAGCUAUUUGCUGGUUGAAUUCAUUCCUUAAAAAAUUCAGCUGAUGAUUUUAACAUGUUUCCUUUCAUAGAUUUUGUGAUUCGAUUUAUUACAAUGGCCUUAAAAUCCAUGGUGGUUGUGCAACACAGAAAGAUAAUCCCAUUUCGUCGAAGGGUAAAUAUUUCAUCAAGUCACCUUUUCAUAUGUUAAUACUAAUGGUCAAUUUGACAACUAACAGACAGGCUGUCAAAUUGUUAAUUUAGGUUUUGCCAUAGUGGGGUGGAUAAACUGUCACAAAUCUUUCAUGUGCUACGUGCAGUUGCUGUAAUCCGAAAUACCAGUUCACGUCAUAAUUGUCAGCCAGUUCUCUUUUUUUCAGUUGCAGGACAAGCUAAACAAUAAUAAUUUAAAUUAAUGAAUUGACACCUGAGCCUCUCCACACUGCCCAUGCUGAGUGAUUGUCUCACUUGAGAGAGGCUUCUUCCCCAUCUUCCCUACUAAGAAGAAUUUUGUCUCCAAACUUCCUCUAUCGUGAGAGGAUCGAUGAACUCAUCAGAAUCUGUCUUUUAUGCAUGUAGGGUAAUUUGAUUUUAUCAAAUGAGUUGAUAAUGUAAAUUGGCCAUCAUAAAGUGUUUCAAAGCUAAUGUUUCAGGUGUUAGCCCUUCGUCAGAGCAAAGGGCUUUCAUUCAAAAGGUCAACUCAGUUUAAUCAAAAUACCUUGUUAUACUCUCCCACUGACACAGCACCACAGUUUCUCAAGAAACUUAACCCAUUUUUCUUUUGUGCUUAAAUCUUACUUGAAAGGCAUCAGUUAGUGUGUUCACUACAAAUCAUAAAAAUGGACAAAAUGGUGUCAAUGUGGCAGGCUUUCAAACUUUUCUGGUCAGAUUUUCCGUUCCAUUCCCAUCAAAUUAUACCUUCCAGAGCUCAAAAUGAAUCAACUAAAGUUUGUGGAUAUGAUGGUCAUGCCAAUAGCUUUUUGAGACAUGUUGACAUGAUUCUCUUUAUUAAAAUUCACAGGGCAAGUAUUACCUGUUGAUAGAAAAUUUCUCGCAUUUGUACCGCAUGCUGGUACCCAUUCCACUGUGGUUUGCCUUUUUCACGGAAUACAACUAUGGAGGAGAGUACUUUGCUGUCAUAGCAACAACAUUAUACUUGCUACUCAAGGUAGGAAUAACUGCUCCACACAAUUUAAGAUGCGUUGCGUAUACCAGAUUGUACAGGGUAUAAGAAUGUGCUUUAUCUUACUCAGGCUCGUAUGAUUAUCAACAAAAUUCAAGAAGUAUAUGCUGCAUGCAAAGUUUUUGGCCAUGAUGUGGUAAGAGACAUUCAAUAUAUUUUUAUGGUUCCAUUUUAAUAAUCUGACAGGCCUUGUGACAAGAGGGUUUUCAUCAAGAAUUGUAUAUGUAGAGCUAGGAGAAUGUUGUAAAGCAACAACAGAAUAUGCUUCAUGGAGGUUCCAUGUCUGAGUAAAAAAAUUUUGAAGUCAUAGAAAGUUAGUUAGAUACAGAAUUUGCUCUGUAACCAGGGACUUAUUCAAUCUCUGAGGUCUAAAGAACGUUCUGUUUCGACUGUUGUUAUGACAGAUGUUCCCAAAAUGUUUGUUGGUGCAUCACCUUCUUUUAACUUUUGUUUCCUGACAUUUUUUGUGCAGCAAUAUGGUUCACCCCCCUCUAAGGAAGAAACAGUAGAGGCAGGAAACUCGUGUCCAAUUUGUCAGGAAGAGCUAAAGGAUCCAAUCAAGCUGCGUGCGUGCAAGGUGCUGUAUUACUGAUAUCAGUGGUUAACGGUUAACUCGUUUGCAACUCUCCUAUAUCCAGGAUUAGCCAUAAUUCUUCUUCAGUGGAUGAGGGCUCCUUGUGACAUCAGUCAUGGCGAAAAAAAAAUUGUGGUCAAUCCCUCACCUCCUGCCCCUUGACCUUGCCUAUGAGAGACUGCUUGUUGCUGUAGUCGAAUCCUUUUUUUAGUGUGAAAAGUAAUCUGGCAUUGCUUUCGUUUUGCUUUAUCUCACUCUGUUAUUGGUCCAGAAAACUCGCGCCACUUUCUCAACCAAUCAGAUUCACAACUAAAAGCAAGUGCGACACGGUCGCUCGUGUUUUCCCGCGCUUUAGGCAGUUCGCUGCUUUUACUUUAAGUUUACAUUGACUCCCCAGGAUAUUUUUCCUGUUCCUGAUUUGUCGGUGAGAUAACUUUGGUUUAUUUUUUUCAAUCGAAAUGCACUCUAGUUUGCGAACCCAAACCAGCUUUUGUUCCUUGAUGUCUACUCUUUUAAUUUGUAUUUGCCAAUUUUUGUUCCUACCCAAACAGCACAUAUUCUGUGAGGACUGCAUAUCCCUUUGGUUUGACCGAGAGCGUACGUGUCCGAUGUGCCGAGCCAAGGUAGUGGCAGACCCUACAUGGAGAGACGGCAGUACAGCCACUUACGUCAUACUCUUUUAAUACGAAUUCGAAUCACUGAAACAUUGCCCUCGCGAUGGCUCCUUUCCUUCGUGGACGAAGCGUAAACGUACAUGUCUAUGGCUGUACAGGUUUCAGGCCACUGAAAUAAAUCUAACCCCAAAGUCAAGCUAGCUAGCGUCAACUGGGAUGCCAAAAUAGUUAGUUUUCAAACAGGUUUCUUCUCACUCAGAUCAUGUUGUGACAAAUUGUCACUUUGUGCAUUUCAGCAGCUGUAGCUUGUUUGUUUUUCAUUUCUUACAUGUGGAGUAGUUAGAUUCAUCGGCUGGCUUUAUAUGUUACUUAUAAAACAAUUUGUUGCUUUGGGGAGAAGUCUUGUUUUGGAAUGAUUUCGUUUAAUUUAUAGUCAUAAACUCCCUUAUUAAAUCAAAGGGUUGAAUCAUAGUGUCACGGAAGUAAAGUUUAAAGCUUUCUAACACGUCCUACAAGUUUUUUUUUAUGAAUUCAUUGGAAAAUUUAUUAACAUAUUGAUAUAGUUAUUUUGUGAGAGCCUAGAGAGGCGUAUUGUAAACGCGUUGGACUCCAAAUCAAAAGGUUUUGUUCUCAUGAGGUCUUUCUCUGUCCAGGAUGAUCAUUUUAAAACAAAUAGAUUCCAUUCUACGUUGCUCUUUUUGAACCUCGUUCCCUGGGUCCUUUCUCGUUCUCCCUCAAAAAAGACCAAGAGAGACGGGACCUAGAGGACGAUGUUGGCGUUUUUUCAGAGACAGAUUACAGAUGAAGUCAGAACUUAUAAGAACAAGAAGCGUUCCUAAGCUCGAAAGCUGACGUUGGCCUUGUGAUGCCUUUUUGCUCACGUGCGUCAGAAAACUGUAUGCGCUAUAUCAUUGGAUUUCUCGGGUGGGAAAAGUUAAGAUAUGUAAGUAAAUACGUAAAUGUAUAUAUGUAUAUUGUGUGUGUGUAUAUAUACAUAUAUAUGUAUAUAUAUAUAUAUAUAUAUAUAUACACACACACAUAUAUAUAUAUACACCUGUUCAAAAAUUUAGAAAUAGGUCUAAAUUUGAUGCAUAUAAAAUUUGCAACGCUUUUGAAAACAAGUGUAUAUAUAUAUAUACACAUAUGUAUAUACACACAUUAAUUAAUUUUGUAAAAGGCUUCAGAGGGAAAUAUGUAUAAUCUUCAAGGUUACGAAGAUGACUUUUGUCUCGCACUAUGUGGUUAUAUUUUCAUUUGUGAGAUAACCUAUGAUAUUGUUAAAGCCAGUGAAGUUAUGUUGAAUAUCAGGAUUUGAAGUUACUUACUAUAAUAUGUGUUACAGAGAGAUUUAUUCGCAAAUGUUUACUUACGAUGACGCAAAAAAUAAGGUAUUGUACACAGUUGUACGAAAU